AUGGCAACAGAGAACAAUAACUUGGAUUUGUUCUCUUUGCUACCAGAAUCACUUCUUCUUGCAAUCGUUUCUUUCCUACCUUUCAAAGAAGCCGCUGCAAGAACAUGCAUACUCAACAAAAAAUGGCUGAACAUAUGGCAAUCCGGAAAAGACAUUGACUUCGACGAAAACUUCUUUGUCGAUUCAACUUCCGAUGAAAUCAAACAAGCACAAAGAAAGGUUUUCAUCGACUUCAUCACAAAUUGGAUUGCACACUUCACUCACCGCGACAUUAACAAGUUCUCACUCAAGAUAUCAAAUCCUCAUUCUUGUAGCAACACAAUUGAAAGCUGUGUUGAGUUCGCCGCACAGCUCAGGGUGAAUGUCUUAACCCUAGAUUUCUCAAACAAGAUAAACUCCAAUGGUAAUAACAACAAUGCUUUGUUUCCGGUGCCAACGCAAGUUUAUCAACUUGGAUCAUCGCUGGAAACACUGAAAUUGUGUUCGUGUGGUUUCGAUGUGCUGGAUUUUCUUAACUUCGAUGCACUCAGAGACUUGUCUUUGAGUUCGAUUGGCAUUAAACGCAAAACUCUUAAAACUUUGCUGAAAAUUUGUAUGACUAUUGACAGUUUAAGCCUUGAAAAUUGUUGGGGUUUGGAAGACUUGAAUUUCGGUGAUGAACCAAUUUGGUUAACAAGGUUGGUGGUAAAUAAAUGCGAAAUGGAUUCGGACUAUUAUUUAUCAUUUAAUGCACCGGUACUUAAAUAUUUUAAGUAUUCUGGACUUGUGUUUACUGCGGAUAUAUUUAUAUAUGCAAGAAAAAUGAAAGAGGUGGACAUUGAUUUUUCCCUAGAAUCAAGAUAUAAUAGCGAACAUGCCGAUGAUUUAUGCGAAGUUCUGCUAGAAUUUCCUAAAACUAAGAUUCUAACAGUUUGCAGUUAUCUACUUCAGGUUAUUCCAUACGCAGACGAACUGACGCGAGAACAUAGCGAAUUGAAAGUAAAACAUUUGAUUCUGAACACUCAAAUGCAUCCUAAUGAGUUAGGUGGAUUGGAGUUCUUACUCAACAGUUGUACUUCAAUUGAAAAACUCACAUUGAACAUUGGAUCAGGAGUUAUAUUUGAGGACUGUAAACCUCCCUAUGCUGGGGAUCUUAAAAAAUUCUGGCUAUGUAGAGAAUAUUUUCCUGAAUGCUUGGUAAGAAGUUUGAAGGUGGUGGAAGUGAAUAAAUCGAAAGCAACUGACUCUGAAUAUAUAUUUUUGUGGUUUAUGAUGCAUAUAGGGGAAGUGUUGGAAGAGAUUAAUAUUAAUAUUUGUAAUGAAGAUGAUGGUCUUACAGAAACUCGAUAUGAACGUGCAUGGAAUUUAAAGAAUAAUGCUAAAAGGCGUUUUAAUCAUUUGCAAAUAUCAGUUCAUUGA